AUGUCCCCCAGCCAAGAAAAGCAAGAAAAGAACAACUACCCUGAAUAUAUCCAUCACGAUAUGCUUGAUAAUAUGUUCAUUAAUCUGUCAUUGGAAAAGAUUGGUGAGUUCUGUCAUGUCAGCAAAGCUUGGGAGCAAAUGACGAAAAGACAAGAAUUUGUUCUUAAAAAACGGGAGAUGAGCUACCCUGCAGCUGAAAAAAACAUCCUUGUUUUCACUCAAACAGGCCAAGAAGGUCACCUGUUGCAAGACAAACUAAUCGCCACCAAGAUAAAAGUGCAAAUGGAUAACCCAUGCAACCACAUACGAUUCAAUUGUGAAACAGCAUUUGGGUACGUAUCAUCCUCAAAAACUUACGUUUUCAUGGCCCUUAUUGCCGAUGGAAAAAACAUGCAAGGCUGCAUUUUUUCUUUUCAAAGUUGUUCAAAUAUUCAUAGAGGGAAAUGGAAAACACUUUGCAAUGUAUGUCCUCGCCUUGUAUCUGAUGGAACCUGGUUUAAUAGAUUCGGGUACCGGUGUGUAGACAAACUAUCCUCUGAAAUAGCAACACCUCAAGAGUUGCUAGUCGUGUUUGACUACCACACUCAACAAUUCCAAACCAUAAACUGCCCUCCAUCUCCAAUCUUCUUUAACCCCACUGAUCCUUCUCAUAUGAAUCUCCAUGUGAAACUAUUGGACUUCCAAGGGACUUUGUGUGUAAUAGAUGAGUACCACAUUACUCAGAAUCAUCACUGUCAGAUGUGGGCAUUGGAUCUAGAUCCUUCCCCAUGGGAUUGCAUGUUUGAGACCCAUGAAUUCCCAAAUGUGAACACACACGUUCCACACGGAUUAGAUUUCCGUCAUGAUUGGCUUUAUCCAGUGUUUCUAAGCCACAAAUCAUCUCCAGCGGGACAGUUCAUUUUCAAGGGAUAUGAUAAUCGACAUUUGCUGUUUUAUAGUCUUCCUACCAGGAAAAUCACACACUCAAGUACAUCGCCGGAUCUAGAAACCAGUUACAUCAUUACAGCAUGUUACUUCUGGGAGACAUUAACACACUUUUAG